AUGGUCUCCCCCCGAGAUGAGACACUCAAGAACAACCUGGUUUUUCUACAAAAAGAGAAAGAAGAAUUUAAGCCCGAAGGAGAAAAGAAAAGCGAUGGCCUGCUGGGGGAGGUGGCCUCGGAGCGGCAGAGGCUGCGGGACACCUUCGAGCAGCUGCAGCAGUUCCUGCGGGAGCAGGAGGGCGUCCUGCUGGCCCAGCUCGACCGGGCACACGGGGAGCUCACCAAGGAGCGCCACGAGUACAUCUCCAGCGUUUCGGAGAGGAAAUCGCUGCUGGACACGCUGAUUGUGGAGAUAGAGAAGAAACGUGACCAGCCAGUGGUCGAAUUCCUUAUGGAUGUUGGCAAAAUCCUGAGCAGCUGCGAGGCGGCGAAGGCCCCGAUCCCAGAGCCGGUUUCCCCAGAGCUGCAGAGGACCGUUAAGAGCCUCUCUGAGAUGAGCCAGCUGGUCGUGGGUGCGGUGGACAAGUUCAAAGUGAACCUGCUGAGCGAGGUGGACAGAGAAAGAGUGAAGGUGACGCUGGACCCAGAGACAGCAGGCCCGUACCUGAUCCUCUCGAAGGACUGCAAAACCGUGCGGCUGGGAGACGGACAGCAAAACCUCCCCGACACCCCCAAGAGAUUCACGGGCAGCCCCAGCAUCCUGGGCUCCCAGGGGUUCACGGCCGGGAGGCAUUACUGGGAGCUGGAGGUAGGGAACGGGGACAGCUGGGCCGUGGGGGUGGCCGUGGAGUCCGUGCGGAGGAAGGACUCGCUCAGCAUGGCGAUGGGGAAGAUCUGGGCCCUGCGACGGGACUGGAAUCUCCAGUACACGGCCCUCCACAUGCCCCCCGCCCCGCUGGCACUGGAGGAAGAGCCCCGGCGGAUCAGAGUCCACCUGGACUACGAAGCGGGCCAAGUGACCUUCUACAAUGCAGAGAACAUGAUGCAGAUCUUGCAGUUCAAGGCCUCCUUCACCGAGAAGGUCUUCCCAUACUUUUGGCUCUGGUCAGAAGAAACCUACAUCCAGCUGUGUGCCUGA